GCCAAGCAUUCAAACGACCUGCACUCGUGGUUGAUUCUUCAUGCAUAGCAAUCGCAGUCUCAGCCUCUCAGGCUCACAGUGGUAGGAAGUUUGCAGGGUCGCGCCCGUGUGAUUGCUGAUCAAUGGACACGGCGCGGCGCUCGCCGGUCUGCCUCGACCUCAUGGUCGGGCUUCCCAUGGUCCGCGAGCCGUCUCCGGCGAGGUGCGCCGGAAUGAGAGCCGACGCUGGCAUUGUUGGCUCGGCCUGUGGCAGAGCAGCUUCCACCACCAUGACCAACGGCGAGGUAUGCAACCGUUCAACCACACUCUGUUUUUUUUGGCUUUAUCGAAAAAAUCUCUUGCUUUUCGCUCGACGUGCUGGAUUUGAUCUUGGAAAUGUGGGGGAUUUCCAGGCUAAAAUCCUGGAGGCCAAGUUCACGGAGGUGAGCGAGGAGAACCGGAGGUUGACAGAGAUGAUCGGUUACCUGUACGCUAAUAACCAGAACUUCGCGCGACAGGGCCCCGAAGGCGAGGGCGAGCAGCCCGCGAGUACAGCCGCGUCGCCGACAUCGCCGGUGGGCAAGAAAAGGGGCAGGGAGAGCAUGGAGACGUCGGAUUCCGGCGAUGCCAACAGCGACAAGAAGAUAAACAUGGUCGAGGCCGAGCAUGUCGACGUCAAGAGCCCGCUGAGCAACGGCACUUGCCGGAGAAUCAAGGUCAAGAGGGUCUGCACCAGGAUCGACCCAUCGGACACGAGCCUCGUUGUGAAAGACGGGUAUCAAUGGCGGAAGUACGGACAGAAGGUGACACGGGAUAAUCCCUCCCCCCGAGCCUACUUCCGAUGCGCCUUCGCGCCGUCCUGCCCUGUCAAGAAGAAGGUGCAGAGAAGCGCGGAGGAUAGCUCGGUGGUGGAGGCGACGUACGAGGGCGAGCACAACCACCCGCGCCCCACGGGGGCCAGCGAGCUGCCGAGCUGCGCGGCGCAGGGCGGCGGCUCGGUGCCGUGCUCCAUCUCCAUCAACUCCUCCGGCCCGACCAUCACGCUGGACCUCACCAAGAACGGGGGAGGCGUGCAGGUCGUCGAGGCAGGGGAGGCGCAACCGGACCUGAAGAAGGUGUGCCGGGAGGUCGCGUCGCCGGAGUUCCGGGCGGCUCUGGUGGAGCAGAUGGCCCGCGCGCUCACCGGCGACCGAAAGUUCACGGACGCGCUCGCCGCCGCGAUCCUGCGGAAGCUGCCCGAUUAUUAGCAUCCAGUAGAAGCUAUCGAGACUGUGCAGCUUCAGAAACUUCCACCCGUGCAGCUUCAGAAAAGAAGUUCUAGCACUUCUCUGCUCAGAUUUAGGGCCUAGUUCUUCCCGAAUUGUACAGCGCAAUUUGCAAAUUUUCUUGCUAUUUGAGGAUCUGAAUCCUACCACUGGAAAAUAAUGUAUCGAGGAAAAGAAGGUAUGGAAAAAAAUAACUUGAAUCGUACA